ACUGCUCACGUGAAGUUUUUCCGGUCAAAGUUCAUGAAGAAGAAAAUCAGCAGCGCUGCUUUUGCUUGACGUUAGCAGACAAUGGCUAAACAUCAUCCAGAUUUGAUCUUUUGCAGAAAACAAGCCGGCGUCGCUAUCGGGAGACUUUGUGAGAAAUGUGACGGUAAAUGUGUCAUCUGCGAUUCCUAUGUGAGGCCGUGCACGCUGGUGCGCAUCUGUGAUGAGUGUAACUACGGCUCCUAUCAGGGGCGCUGUGUCAUCUGUGGAGGGCCUGGAGUAUCUGACGCCUACUACUGCAAAGAGUGCACCAUCCAGGAGAAAGAUCGGGAUGGCUGUCCUAAGAUUGUGAAUUUGGGAAGCUCCAAAACAGAUCUGUUUUAUGAAAGGAAGAAGUAUGGUUUCAAGAAGAGGUGAAGACGCUACAUCCUGGUCUUUGUUGUGGUUGUUCGGCUUUUGCAGAUUUUUUUUUUUAACCUAAAGAAACUUUUUUUUCUGACUUGUCAAUAAAGCUCUCUUUUGUAUUUCCUUCUUUAACUCUGAGUGGCUGCUUGGUAUUUAUACUUUAGUAUCCUCAUGGUCAGGCUUACAUGAAGUCCAGCUACAGGGUGUUACAACCCCAGAAAGGUCAGUAACAGAAACCAGAUGGUGUACUAUAAAUUACAUGGAAAAUAUAAAGACAUUGUAACCCUU